CGCCGCCGCCGCCGCCGCCUCCGCCCGCCGCCCGGGCCGCGUCGGGUAAACCUGUUUGGCGAGGCGGCCGCGCCGGGGCGGAUCGUGCGGCCGGCGGCUCCCUCGCGGCUCGCGGCGUCGGGGCCCGUGGCGCGCGCGCGGCCGCCCCUCGGCCCCGGAGCCCCUCGGCGGCGCCACCAUGUACUCGGGAGCCGGCCCCGUGCUCACGCCUCCUGCGCCGCCGCCGCCCCCCAUCCAAGGAUAUGCCUUCAAGCCUCCACCCAGACCCGACUUCGGGACCUCUGGGAGAACAAUCAAGUUACAGGCCAACUUCUUUGAAAUGGACAUUCCAAAAAUUGACAUCUAUCACUAUGAAUUGGAUAUCAAGCCAGAGAAAUGCCCAAGGAGAGUUAACAGGGAAAUCGUGGAGCAUAUGGUCCAGCACUUUAAAACACAGAUCUUUGGGGAUCGGAAGCCAGUGUUCGACGGAAGGAAGAACCUCUACACAGCCAUGCCCCUUCCGAUCGGGAGGGAGAAGGUGGAGCUGGAGGUCACGCUGCCGGGAGAAGGGAAGGACCGCAUCUUCAAGGUGUCCAUCAAGUGGGUGUCCUGCGUGAGCUUGCAGGCGUUACACGAUGCACUUUCGGGGCGGCUGCCCAGCGUCCCCUUUGAGACGAUCCAGGCCCUAGAUGUGGUCAUGAGGCACCUGCCGUCCAUGAGGUACACGCCCGUGGGGCGCUCCUUUUUCACGGCGUCCGAGGGCUGCUCCAACCCCCUGGGCGGGGGCCGGGAGGUGUGGUUUGGCUUCCACCAGUCCGUCCGCCCUUCUCUUUGGAAAAUGAUGCUCAAUAUCGACGUCUCGGCAACAGCGUUCUAUAAGGCACAGCCAGUAAUCGAGUUUGUUUGUGAAGUUUUGGAUUUUAAAAGUAUUGAAGAACAACAAAAACCUCUGACAGAUUCCCAAAGGGUCAAGUUUACCAAAGAAAUCAAAGGUCUGAAGGUGGAGAUCACGCACUGUGGGCAGAUGAAGAGGAAGUACCGCGUCUGCAACGUGACCCGGCGGCCUGCCAGCCACCAAACGUUCCCGCUGCAGCAGGAGAGCGGCCAGACAGUGGAGUGCACGGUGGCCCAGUACUUCAAGGACAGGCACAAGCUGGUUCUGCGCUACCCCCACCUCCCAUGUUUACAAGUCGGACAGGAGCAGAAACACACCUACCUUCCCUUAGAGGUCUGUAAUAUUGUGGCGGGACAGAGAUGUAUAAAAAAGUUGACCGACAAUCAGACCUCAACCAUGAUCAGAGCGACUGCCAGGUCAGCGCCCGAUAGGCAAGAAGAGAUUAGCAAACUGAUGAGAAGCGCAAGUUUCAAUACAGAUCCGUACGUCCGGGAGUUUGGAAUCAUGGUCAAAGACGAGAUGACAGACGUGACCGGGCGGGUCCUGCAGCCGCCCUCCAUCCUCUACGGGGGCCGGAAUAAAGCGAUCGCCACCCCUGUCCAGGGCGUCUGGGACAUGAGGAACAAGCAGUUUCACACGGGCAUCGAGAUCAAGGUGUGGGCCAUCGCCUGCUUCGCCCCCCAGCGCCAGUGCACGGAGGUCCACCUGAAGUCCUUCACGGAACAGCUGCGGAAGAUCUCGAGAGAUGCCGGGAUGCCCAUCCAGGGCCAGCCGUGCUUCUGCAAGUACGCCCAGGGCGCCGACAGCGUGGAGCCCAUGUUCCGGCACCUGAAGAACACCUACACCGGCCUGCAGCUUGUGGUGGUCAUCCUGCCUGGCAAGACCCCCGUCUACGCCGAGGUGAAGCGCGUGGGAGACACGGUGCUGGGGAUGGCCACGCAGUGCGUGCAGAUGAAGAACGUGCAGCGGACCACGCCGCAGACGCUGUCCAACCUCUGCCUGAAGAUCAACGUCAAGCUGGGCGGCGUGAACAACAUCCUGCUGCCCCAGGGGAGGCCGCCCGUGUUCCAGCAGCCUGUCAUCUUCCUGGGGGCCGAUGUCACUCACCCGCCCGCCGGGGACGGGAAGAAGCCUUCCAUCGCUGCUGUCGUGGGCAGCAUGGAUGCCCACCCCAACCGCUACUGCGCCACCGUGCGGGUCCAGCAGCACCGGCAGGAGAUCAUCCAGGACCUGGCGGCCAUGGUGCGCGAGCUGCUCAUCCAGUUCUACAAGUCCACGCGCUUCAAGCCCACCCGCAUCAUCUUCUACCGCGAUGGCGUGUCCGAGGGGCAGUUCCAGCAGGUCCUCCACCACGAGCUGCUGGCCAUCCGAGAGGCGUGCAUUAAGCUGGAGAAGGACUACCAGCCAGGGAUCACGUUCAUCGUGGUUCAGAAGAGGCACCACACGCGGCUCUUCUGCACCGACAAGAACGAGCGGGUCGGGAAGAGCGGGAACAUUCCAGCAGGCACGACCGUGGACACGAAGAUCACCCACCCGACCGAGUUUGACUUCUACCUGUGCAGUCACGCCGGCAUCCAGGGAACAAGCAGGCCUUCCCACUAUCACGUGCUUUGGGAUGACAAUCGUUUCUCUUCCGAUGAGCUGCAGAUUCUCACCUACCAGCUGUGUCACACCUACGUGCGCUGCACGCGCUCCGUGUCCAUCCCCGCGCCAGCAUACUACGCUCACCUGGUGGCCUUCCGGGCCAGAUACCACCUGGUGGAUAAAGAACAUGACAGUGCUGAAGGAAGCCAUACCUCCGGGCAGAGUAACGGGCGCGACCACCAGGCCUUGGCCAAGGCCGUCCAGGUCCAUCAGGACACACUGCGCACCAUGUACUUUGCCUGACGUGUUGUCGUGUUUACGAUUGUGUGCCGAGUUGGAUUCACAUGAGACCAGCUACACUCAGACCAACCGACGCCCAGCCCUGUUGUGACAGCCAGCAUAUGGGACAUGAGACAUCAUUGACUUUCGUAGAUAAUCCAUUCUCCAGAAUGCCUUCCGUCCAGAUGUCAAACUUCGAUUUUGAACUGCAGACCUGUAUGAGAUCCACUGUCGUAGAAAAUAUGGUUUGCCAAAAUCUAUGAGUCCCGUGUUUCCUAAAAUAUCUCCUAAAAGCAGUCUAUGAACUCAGGGCUUUAAAACAUUUUUAAUUUAUUUGGUCAUUCGAUUUACUUGUUUUUAACACAUGAUUCUCUAUGAAAUUGAUGGGCUCAAACUAGCUGUGAACGUUCUCUGAUAGGGAAAGCCGCGCAGACACAAUUGUGGUUUUAAAGCCUUGACCGGUGUGGCGUCGCCACUAAAGUCUCUCUCGCAGGGACGCUCGUGUGCUCCCGACUUGGCUCGUGUGAGCUCUCGUGGACCCGAGGGCAGGUGGCCACGCCGGCCGCUGCCCGCUUCUCACUCAGCUCAAGGGAAGGCGCGGGGGCAGCGGAGGUCACGUGCGUUUACAACAUUUCUAGGUCCAGAGAGAUUGGCAGACAAGUGCCAUUUUAAUAAAAAUUUAUUUAAAAAGAAAAAAGACAAUAUGCCGACAGUCUAAUCAUAAGAUUUGUCCUCGAGGACUGUGACAUUUAUUUUCCAAAGUUUCUAAAGAAUACGGGUCUGUGGUGAUACAUACAGUACAAUCCUUUUUCACUGUUAUGUCUUUAAUGUAAAAGAAGAAAUAUAUAUAUCUGGUUGGCAGUAUUAAUGUGAUAGCUAGAUGCUGUUUUUCAUUUUAUUGACUCCGGGGUGCUUCUUGUGACCUGUGUAGCGCAUCAGGAGUGUGUCGGAGCCUGGAGACUGGACGGCCUCUUGUGGCUUUCAGUGCUUAAGCGCAGGAGCACGCGACUGACAGACCGCGACCACGACCCGCCCCCUCAGUGUAGACUGUCGCCUGUGCCUCCCGGGGGCCCGGGGGCGCUCACCGCGGUCGCUCGCCGCCCCCCGCCUCCUCGCCCUGUGUCGCUCAGCCGAUUAAGCACAAAUGGAAUGUCUGCAUUCUUCGUUCCUGGGAAGCCAGGCUGCGUACCGGAGCGCUCUCCUCUGGCGAGAUUCACAGGGUCCGUGCAUGGAAAUGCAGAGAGAGCCACAGGCGGCGGCCCUGCUGGGUGCAAGGCCCGUGGGCAGCACCAGGGCCCUGGCCCCCGCAGGAUGGCAGGCGGAAGCCAGCGUCGUCCUGACCCUCCUGCGGGGGUCUGCCUUCUGGGCCCAGGCGCAGGGUCGCCAACCUAGAGGCCAUCGCACUGAGAGUGAAACACCACGAGCCGCUGGAGAAAGGCAACAGCAGCAGCUCUGUUUGUGCUAAAUGGGCUUUCUGUCCUCGUAAGCAGUUCUAUUGAGAGUCAAGUCCAUGUUCAUUGUAGACUCGAGGAAGGGGACGCCUUCCCCUGUGCUGCUUUGUGCUCCUCGGCUUCCUGUCCCUGCUGAUGGCCCUCCCCACCAGCCUGACGUUUACCUCCAGCGCGG